AGGGAAAGAGGAUGCUUCAGAACGAAGCGACACUGAAAAGAUAGAGAAAAAGAUAGAGAGGCUCGGGAUGAUUCUCAACUAUCAAUAGGCUCCUUUGAUGGAACCUAACUAAUCUACGAUAAUCAACAAACAAAGCCAGAAUGAAAGGAGAAGAUUUCACUGGAUUCAAUCCUCCAUCCACUGUGCUCGGCCUUUCUAUCUCUUUGUGUCUGACUGACUAACGCUCCACUGGAUAAAAGACUUAAUUGCCUCCGAACAGGCAGCCAGAACAAUAAACAACCAGAAUAAAUAUAAAUGCAGACGUACUGGAAACAGAGCUGAAGAGAAGAUGAGCUAAGAACAGCAACCUUGUGGACAUAAAAACUGGACUUAUCUUCUCUUAUAUUUUCACAUUUUUCUUCAAAAUUUAAUGGAAUAUGUGAUCUGGACAUUUUCUUGUUUACUUUUUUUUUUUUUUUUUUUUACAUUAUGGAGCUUUUUUGCAGUUUUUGCAGCAAUGCCAUACGUUGAUUGCAACAUUGUCCUAACUUAAACCGAAGGACUAUCCUUCAGUAAGCUUCUCCAUUUCUGUUAUUUUUCCUUUUCAAAGCCAGUUGCAGAUAUAUUUUUCAGAUUUUUUAUUUUUAUAGCAAGCAAAAUUUUUCCGAACUAGUAAAACCAACAAAUUCACAAUUUACUCUUCAAAUUUUAAACGUGCCUCCCACCAGCCCCUCCCACCGUCAGCCAUCCGACCAAUCAUGGGCAAGCCGCUUAGUCGUCCCGGAUGCUUCCGGAAGAGCUCCUGCUGCCUGGAAAAACAUGGAACUGGGGAUGGGGGAGUGGGAGGCCGGUCUGGGGGAGUGGAAGGGGGAUAUGGAGAUGGCUACAUACCCCAAAGAUCCAUCUACGACACCAUGUGCAUCAAUCAACAGAUUGACAGCCACCACCAUCACCACGGGGAGUCCAUAAGGCGAGAUGGUGGAGGGGAGGGGAGUUUUUACUCUGCAAGCGGCUCCCUGAGGAUGAGCAGGUCUCCGGCUGACAUGUUUGAUCCGCAGCCCCGCUCUCUAACUCCCAACCCCUCCUUUGUCCGACGGCUGGAUGAAAGAGCCAUCUAUGACUCAUUGAAGCUCGGGGGUCAGGAUGUUGAUGGUGUUGGGUGCCAUUCACCGGGGUGUUUCAACCGGUCGGUUUCUCCCUCUGUGUCGUCAUUCUCUGCACCAGGAGUGUCCUCCUCCUCGUCCAAGAAACACCACUAUCACCACCACCAUGGAGACAGCACAAAGAGCAGAGACGGACGACAAUCCUGGAAAGUCUUGACACCUCCGAAACACCUGGAGUGUCUGGAGCUUACUACAACUGAAAUGAUGGACAGAGGAGGAGGUGGGUAUCUGAACCCAGGGCACUACCCUCCUCCUGGGGGCCCGUCCUCUUCUCUUACCUCCCCGCUCAUUUCCCCGUUCUCCGGCUCACCUCUCUCCUCCGGUUACCACACUCCAGUGUUUUUCUCCCCUGCCAAACCUCGUCCCAGCCAGUCUCAGAGUUUGCGAUGCUCCCCUCCCCACGUCGUCCAGCCGAGGCACUACUCCCAAACUCAGAGCCUCAGGCUGUCACCACCCCACGAGCUCAGACGGUCCCCCUACCGCGCUCCACUUGUCCAACUGUCUGCUCAUGACCUGGAGCAGGACAUGAGGGAGCGAGGAGGAGGAUGGGGCCGGAAUGAGCGAGAAAGGGAGUGGGAGAGGGAGAGAGAGAGGGAGUUGGAGCGAGGGUGGGCCCAGCGGGAGUGGGAACGAGAGCGGGAGAGGGGGAGACUGGAGAGGGAGAGGGCGAGAGAAAGGGAGAGGAGGGAAACGUCUUUUGGGACCUUUGGUUAUGGUCGACCAGUUCCUCUGCGUUCAGACAGAGACUCUGUGUUUUUAGAGCCUGACCAGGUUCUAGACACGACACCUCUAUUGCUCCCCCAGCCCUCCCCUUCCCCCUCCCCCAGUGCUGCCCCCAGAAUGGGCACCGGUGCUGUAGGUAGGAAUAGAGCCGGGUCAAAGAUUGGCCAUGAAAGUGUAGUUGCCGUUUCAAAGUUUGACAACGGAAGUGUGGUUCUGGAGUUAGUUGACAGCAAGUCUGGGUGUGGUCCGAGGUUAGUAAGUGAAGUUAUAAACAUGUCAGAGGCUGAAAUCAGGGCUGCAAUACAAGAACACCAUAGAGCUGAAAGCUGGAACAAAUAUGACAAUGGAUCAAGGGCUAGCAUGAAAAAUGGGUCUGAAAAAAGAAUGGGCUCCCAGGUGAAAACACGACCAGGGGGGCGGGAUCUGGAAGGAAAAGUGCAGUCUGGGGUGGAGACAGAAAAUAUGGCUCCAGCUGUGAACAGGGAAGGACACAAGGUAGGGUCAAGGAGUGGAGAUAAAGCUGGGAGGAGUAUGUCGAAACAUGAAACUAUUGCUGAGACUGUACCUUCAACUUUGACUGACAUUGAGUGUGAAGAUCAAAUUGAGAUUGGAGCUAGACCUGAUCUGGGGAUGAAGCCAGAGAUUGAGACAGUGAUCGAGGUUAGAAGUAGUCCAAGGCAGAUGGAGUACAGGACUGAAACUGAAGCUGAAAGUGUAGUUACAGUUAGCAGUGAAGUCCCACAGUCCAGAGUAGAAGUUAAAGUUGAGACAGAAGUUAAGAUUGCUCCUACAUCAGAGCCCGAGGCAGUAAUAGAGGAUGUUAGUACUGAGACAGAGACUAAAAGUAACACUGAUCCCGUGGUUGUCAGUGAAACCCAGAUCAGCAACAAGACUACAGAUAAAGAUCAAAUAUGUGCUGUGGCUGGGGAUAAAACUGAUACUGCCCCUGCAGAUAAGGCUGAGAAAAAACCCUGCGACAUUGAUAAAAUCAAAUCUGGCCACUCAGAGAAACAUUCAAGGUCCCACAAGUCAAAGUCAUCCAAGUCCAGCUCUAGGACUCGACCUGGUACGGCCACAGGGCUCCGACCAGGCGUGGUCAGCCCUCGUCUCAGUAGAGGGUUUGACCUUGAGUCAACAAGCCCAGCUGAGGGCAUUGAGUCCACCUGGCCCCGCCGAAUUAUCGUCAGAAAGAGGACUGUCCGGCAGGGUGGGGCGGUCCACAACCUCCCUAUUCUCCCCCCACUCCCCUCUGUCCUCUCAGCGUUGGAGAAGAGGCGCCCACAUGGCCACUUCCUCCCCCGUCCAGGCCACUUCUCAGAGAACCCGUUAACAACCAUUAUAAAUGCUACGAGUAUGGUGGGACGGUGCUCACUUAAAGAGCCCUCCCAAUCAGAAACAGGACAGGGGACCAGUUUGGUAGGCAGGGCUUCCCUAAAGGAGCAGAACUUGGAGCACUGGAGAGUCUGUAGGGAGCAAGAAGAACCUCGGAGGUCUAGGAGCAAGGAGAAACCUGCAGAGCAGAGUAAAGAGAAGACUGAGACGGAAGACAGGAAGGGAAAGGAAGAGAAGCGAGAAAGGGUGAGGAGAGAAGAGAAAAGGGAGGAGAAAGUGGGUAAAGAGAAGGAGAGGGUUACUGUCAGUGAGGAAGUCAAACAAGAAAAAUCUGAGAGAAGGGUUGAAGGGAAAGUGCAAGAGGACACAAAAGAAGAUGUGAAAAAGGAAAUGGUUGUAGAGAUAAUAUGUGAGAAUGUGGAAGACAGAGGAAUAAAGAUUAAAGAUGGAGUACAAGAGCAGCUUGGGCAAGAGUUGGAGGAAUUAAAGAAAGAAGAGGAAGGGGUGGAGGGAGGAGAAGGAGACACCUUUGGAGAGGAAGGCCCAAAUGAGACCUGGGAUGCUGUGCUCGACAUGGUGAACACGUUGUGGGAGGACGGCUGGGAGAAAGGAGGAGCAGGAGGAGGUGGCGAUACAGAUUCCUUCUCAGGCUCCCUGCAGCGCUGGCCUCUUCUCCGGCCUCCAGUUGGCUUCGGGGGCUCCCACCCCCCCUCCUCGGCAGCCUCGGAGCUCAGCCUGACGGAGCUGGAGAGGAGAGCCAGGGAGCUGGACUCUGACCUGGAGCACCUCGACCUGUCUCAGCCCCACAGGGACACACAGGAUAUGUACCAAUCACUGUUGGAGCCACAGAGGGAGCGAGCUGACAUGUACCAAACACACCCUGGGCCGCAGAGAGAGAAAGCUGCUCUCAUGACAGGAGUGGGGAGCAGAUCCCAGGUCAGUUUGGAGCUCACUGCUAUGGCCUCACCAGCUACAGACACUGACAGAUCUCCUGUUGAAUGGUCAACCAAAUCUGCUGGGACUUCCACUGUUGGUAUAAGCUCCAAUAAGGAGGACAGCUCUCCAGACUCCAACCUCACACUGGAGUCCGACUCCAGUGGCGUCUUCCUCUCCUUAUCCAAUCAGAGCCAGGAGGAGGCCGGCUCUGACAGCGACCAGCCAAUCAGUGGCUCUGACCUCGGCAGCAGCAGCACAUCGCUGGAGAAAGAUGGGGAGGAUGGAGGGUUAAAGGAAUGGGGGAGGGAGGAGAGUGCUGAGCUACAGUGGUGCUACCCAUCACUCCUUAACAACUCCUUGCAAGAAGACACGGAAGGAGAUAACAAAGGAGAGGAAGCAGGGCAUGGAAAGAUGGGGAGAGAUGAGGAUGGAAGAAGAGUUGGAAAGUUAGGAACGGUUUCGAUCAUCAAGAAACAAAUGGACAGUACAGACACUGAUCGAUCCACAACAUUUCAUGCACCACAAAGUGAAGAGAUGCCACCCAGGAAAAAAGUGACACUCAUGGGAGGUGACUUCCCUCUUCCUCUGUCUCCCUCAAAUCAACCGAUCAAACACUUUCUAGAUCCUAGUCAGAAGCCAAUCAGAAGCUCAGGACUGGACUGUGGUGACAUAGAUCCUUUCGUCCAGUCGGACAGCUUUGUUUACCUUGCAGUGUCUGCACGACCUGCAUCCCACGGGGAAGUCACCACAUUGACAGAAGUUCCCACUCAUAAUAUAAAACAAGACAUCGUACAGCAACAUUCGGAGAGCAUGAAAGCACACUUGGACCAGUCGAAUACAGAAUGGAAGCCAACUCACCUUCUCCCACAAAAACCAGAAGAAGGAGAUUUUCUGUGCACUGACAGCUUCGUGUACCUGGCUGCUCCUGCAUGCCUCCUACUGGGCCCUGCAGGAGGUGCACCCUACAGUGGCAGGGAGUCAGACUCUGAGAGUUCUGGAUCUGGCCCUGUUGAUCUAUCAGUCCUGGGUUGUGACUCAGUUGCAGGGGACAGCGACUGGGACUCAGACCUGUCCGACUCCGACCCCAGUCGCUCUUCCAGAACCUCUGCUGCUGGGAGCAAAUCUGCAGGCGUGGCGCGGCCCAAGCGGCUGCCCGCUGAACCAGGCUGGGACUUAUUUGGAGAAACCACUGAACCUGAAGUGCUGAGUGAGCUCUUCAUGGAACAGGGAAAAAACAACAACGGCAAAUCGAGGAAGGGUACCGGGGCCACCACCAGCCCAGCAGAUUCACCAACUAUUCCACCUCAGCACGUCACUACACCUGUGCAGCGGGCGAUGACAGUCGAGUCGACGACAAAGAGGGUGACGUGGCAGUUUAAACCCGCUCAGAGGUCAGUCUGCACAGGGAGCAGAAAGGAGAAAGAGAAAGAUUCGGUAAGAUUCACAGAACUGGGAGGAAGCGAGACCCAUAGACCCUCCCCUUCAUCCUCAUCAUCUUCAUCCUCGUCACCAUCGUCAUCAUCUUCUGGUUAAUUUGUGUUUUUUUCGGGAGGAGCUUUCAUUGUUUGAAGUUUGUUUCCAAAAAAGAUUAUAAAACUUGUAGAAACUAAUUGCUGGAACAACUUUAGAAUGUUUUGGUUUUUUUGCCUGUGAAUUUUGAGUUUCGCAUCUAGCUGCUGCCAUUGCCUUCUUAUGACCUUCCCAAGGUUGCAUAAAAGACUAGUUAGUUGUCGCGUUUUCUUAGACUAUAAAGCAGUAUCAUAUAUAAUCAGUUUAAGUUUGAGGCAGUGUGAGACUCAGGCUUAACAGAAACUUUCAGGUUGAGAUUAUGUGGAAAUACGGCCACUGAUAGAACACUUAGGUAAGAUAUGCAUAGUGUCGUUCCCAAUGGGUUUUUGAAAAACAGGGUUGAUUUAUUAGUUACACGUUACACAUUAUUCUCAAUUUAAAUAGGAAAUAUGAAUAGUUAUGUGUUUUUUUAUUAUAUUGAAUGUACUGUACAGGAUAUAAAUGACUACAAGGAAAACACACUGUAAAACAAGUCAUAUAUGAAGCAUUUUCAGUGAUUUGGCUUUAAACAUUAUCACAGUAUUGGAAUUCAGUAACACACACAAAUAAUUACAGAUGGAGAAAAGGAUUCCUGUCGGAUUCUGCCAUUGUGUUUAUAAAGAUCUAACAAUGCAAAUGUGUCUUAGGCCUUAUAUCAAAUUACACUUCCUCCUGUCUCACUUCUAACACCUGCUCUUACUACUUCAUAUACUUUAAAAAACUGACUUUAAAAACCGCCCGAGGUCGAAACUUUACAGUGUACAAUGUAUUUUAUAAUCACAUUCAAUUGUAUUUAACAGUGUGUCGAUAAUAUAUUUUGCAACAAUGAGAUAAUUAUAGAUGAAUGUGCAAAAACAUUCGUCAUUUUAAUGUUUUAUUUAAUUGAAAUUGUGAAUGUAACAAUUGAGCAAUAUGCUUACAGAUUCAUGCUAUAUUAUAUAUUUCAUAUGUGGUAAGUGUUGCCUGAGUGAUGUGUAUAAUUAUGGCUGAGAUCAGUUUUAUUUAUACAGCCAAAUACUUCUUGUAAAUGCAGUCUUUACACUCAUUCAGAGGUUCUAUGUGUAACAUUUUUAGACAUCAAUUUAUCAGGUAGCUGGAUAUAAUUGCCAUAAACAAUAAGACCAUGAUGGAGAUGAUUGAUAGCCUUUGUCUCACACCAGUGGUAUUUUUAGUGCUUGUGACUUCAUCUCCAGUAAUCCCCUUCGCUUCCCGUCUCUCCUUGCCGCAGUGGCAUCUUUGGAAUUUACCGAAGAGGAUAAACAUGUUUGGAAAUAAUUUUUUUUGCUUCUCACUCCUCUUCACCAUUUGUCACAGUGAGAACAUUUGACAGUUUUAGCUCUGUUUGUGCACAAUGUAAAACACUGUGUGGAGACCGGUAGAGCUGCCAAUCACCCCAGCAGUGGUUUUGUUGUCGUGUAAUUAUUCUAAUGUCUCGAAAAUCAUUUAUUGAUGUUAAAAAUGACACAUGUAGCACCUUUAAAAGAGAGCACAGUGCUAUCAGAUUUGUUAUCCUAAUAUGAAUGUGACAAAGGGAACAUGGCAGGUCGACAAAUGACUGUCACUUACACACUAAUAACUCUUGUUAUGACAUGAAUAUAGAUAUAAAAGGCUGUGUGGGAAGUUAUGGCCUGGCAGGCAAAUUGCUCUCUAGGCAGGUGUAGUCAUGCUUUUUUAAAUAUGCACUGGACCAUUUGAGAUAUCUGAAUAUCUGAGGUAUUUGAAUUACGAAUGAUAAAUUCCAAACUAUGUAAAUCUGUUUAGUGUUCAGAGUGAAGUAAUGGCACUAUUGAUGUAAUUUGAAGGGUGAAUCUUUUGUGGGGAUGCUGCAGCUCUAUUUCUUGAUUGCCAUUGAUGGGCUGAAAUGGAUGGGGGUUUAUUGUUUUUUUUACGCAAACUAAAAACUGUUGCCUUGUGCAGCUUUAACUGCCAUUAUGAAUCAGUCUUUAUUCUUAAUGAUGAUGUUUGCUAGAGCCCUUAAUGCACCUGUCUGGUUUAUCAAAUAAGCAAUCUGUUGCACUGUUAUCAUAUUAUUUUUACUCCUUUUGUUGCCACAAAAAAGCACAGGGUUUUUUUUUCCCGUUCCUACUUGCAUGAG